AUGGUCAUCUUCAUCCACGCCACAAUAAUCACGGUCAAUUCCGCCCGCCAAGUCAUCCGUGACGGCUAUCUCCAUGUGAGGGACGGCCGCAUUGAGGGCGUCGGCAAAUGCCCGCCACCAGACCAUCUACUACAGCUCACGGAGAUGAUCGACUGCACAGGACAGAUCAUCAUUCCUGGAUUGGUCAACACACAUGCUCAUCUGGUCCAGUCCCUUCUGCGCGGGCUUGCAGAGGAACUGCCACUUCAUAACUGGUUGUGCGACGCGAUUUGGCCGUUGGAGUCCAACUAUGCCGACGAUGAUGGCUACCAUGCUGCUCGACUUACUAUCGCCGAGAUGCUCAAGACGGGGACGACGGCCUUUCUUGAUCCGAUGGUGACGUUUCGAGCUGGAUGGGAGCAGGUGUGUCGUGCUGUCGGUGAGAUGGGCAUUCGUGGCUGUUUGGGCAAAUUAGUCAAGUUCCCAGAAACAAACCGCCAGCUCUCUAUCACGGAUCCCCGCGAUCGGGAUCUCGUUGGCAUGUCGAGUUCAGCACUGGUCCGCUCGCACCAGGAAUACCACGGUCAGCACAAGGGGCGCCUUCACGUCUGGGCAGCAGCUGGCACUCCAAGAGGCGCACCGGCCAGGUUAUAUCAGGAACUGGGCAAUAUAUGCGCCUCUCACGGCAUAUCAAUCACCAUGCACUGUGCCGAAGCCCCGGCCGAUCGUGAUAUCUACCACACCGUUUACGGCUGCAGCUCAAUGGAAUUCAUUCGCGACAACAAACUCUGCGGGCAGCCACUAAGUAGCAAUACUCGCGGCCUCACGCACAACCUCGUCCUAGCCCACAUGGUGAAUCUGGAUCCGGAAAUAGAUCUGCCGCUGCUAUCGUCGACCAAGGCGGCAGUCGCACACAAUCCCUCCUCCAAUCUCAAACUGGCAUCAGGAGUUGCACCUAUUCCAGCCAUGCUUGACACUGCCACAUCGGGUCCAAUAACGGUCGCCCUCGGGACAGACGGAGCACCCUGCGCCAACCACUACGACAUGAUCCAGGAAAUGCACCUGGCCGCUAUCCUCCACAAGGGCGUAAACAACAAUGCAGCCCUUGUCCCGGCCGAAAUUGCGCUAGAAAUGGCAACCAUUAACGGAGCGCGAGCAUUGGGCCUCGAAAAGGAUAUCGGAAGUCUUGAAGUAGGUAAGAAGGCGGACCUCGUCGUGCUCGAUCCGUACGGACGCGGGGGAAUCGCCGCUGCGCCAUGGCACUGGGAUGAUAUUGGCGGCGUCAAUCCUGUGACUACAGUUGUACAUGGAUGUAUUGGUCGCGAUGUUAGUCUCGUCAUGGUCGAUGGGCAGAUUCUUGUUCGGGAUGGGGAGCUGGUCCAUGGUGGAAGGGAAAAGGAGAGGGAGAUAACCCAAUGCGCACAGACGGCCAUAAAGGCAAUCCGUAGCCGAUGCAAAGAAGCCGGAACCCCAAUAGAGGGGACGCUUAGUAGUGGAUGGACAAGUAUUUAG